AUGUCAGAGAUUUCGCCCCUUGACACAACUUCCCCAACGCCAAAAGAUGCCACCUACGAGCUGCUCGGCGACGACCUCUUCAAACUAACCUUGACACGCGAAAACAAAGCCGAAAUCUUCGAAUACGCGAUCUCCAAGCUUUCUCAGAGCCAUCAUGAAACCUCGUUCGUACUUCAAAACCUAACCACAUGGAAUCCAUCGGUCGCAUCUCUGUUCACCCAACGCUCCUCAUCCACCAUCCUAGACACACCCUUCCGCCUCAUCUUCCCCAACUCGGCCCUCCCAUCCUUCGACGAGACAGGCCUAUACGUCCGCCAGUACCUCGCUAUAUCAUACUGUUGGCGAUCCGCAGACUUCUUGCCGAAGGGAUACGAAAGGUAUGGCAGCUGGCCUAUCAGCAAACCAUUUGUCGACGCGAUUUUGAGUGAUAAGGAUCAUCCCCGCGAGGGCAUCUGGAUGGACCAACUCUGCAUCGACCAGGAGUCUUCGACCGAUAAGCAGAAAGCCGUUGCGGCAAUGGAUGUCAUCUACCGAUCGUGCAUACGACUUGUAGUUUUGUUAGAAGACGUGUUCCUCGAUGAGCGGGAAGCGGCGCUGCAUGAGAAAUAUGAUCCUGCCAAGAUGAAAUAUGAAAAGACGUGGAGACCUGAGGGAGACGAAAGAGAUGCAUUUGUGAGUUUCUAUCACAAAGUCAAUGCUGCGCGAUGGUGGGAAAGAGCGUGGUGUUUUCAUGAGUUUAAUGUUCAUGAGCCGUGGAGUGAUAAGAGGCAGUGUAAUGUUAUUCACAACGCUACUUUUGUCGUGAAUGGACCUGGAGGGUCUACCGUGAAGAUUAAAUGGGUUAAUCUCCAUCUCAUCAUGGGGAGUGCGAUGGAUCUACUCCCUGGUCUGGGGAUCUUCGCUGGCAUUGACAAAGGAUAUGAUUCGGAAAACGGAUGGAGGAGUAGUUUGAUGGGGAGGCAUAACAGCGUGGAUCAGAAGGGGUGUACACAUCUGGCUGACCGGCUAAGUAUCAUGAUUAAUAUGCAUGGUUUAGGCCUUGCGUACGUGGGACAGCAACUGCAGACCAAGGAAGAAGUCCUGUAUCUUAGCACAUUAUUGGCUCUUGCGGCGGGAGAAACCUACUCUUUGAGCGUGAUCGACGUACAGUCACUCACGUUGAAUGGCAGGCCAACGUGGCUAGCACGACACACUGGAGCGGAUCUUUCGCUCCCUAGGUUCAAACUCGGGGGCGUCAACGGCAUUCAUCGCAUAUCAGAGCAAAAAAUCGAACUGGACAUGAUUUUUCUUGAUGCACCUUGGGAGAGCAUCAAGGAAGAAGAUCUCAUCCCUACGUACAAGAUCUUCCCCAGGACUAUAACGACUACACAACCGGUGAGACAUGUCUCAGGAAAUUAUCUCGAUACCACGACGGACAUCCAUCAUGACACUCUUCUUGACAAAGCCCGUCGCCGCUUCCUUGCUGGCUGUAUCAUGAAUGGUCACUCCUUCACUGCCCGGCUGUGGUCACAGCUGAAGCGUGACGUUGUGUUAGCCAAUUACAACACUGACAUAUUCAAGGACCUGGCACCUAAUCCCUCUCUACAUGUCGCAGCGCGAAGUUUCAUUGCACAACUCCUACCGAUAUCAGAGUUACUAGGCAUCCUACCUCCCCCCGCCUUUAUUCUGGAAGAUGCUCACCUGUUCUUGACAUGGCUCACCGACCCGCGAUCCAUAUACUACCUUGGUGCCAACACAUUCCGUCUACAAUGCGCACUCAACUAUGACCAGGCCUUCGUCAGUGCCAUAUCUGUCAAUGAGCACUUUAAUGAUGGGCCGAGUGAGGACUUACGAACUGCUGUACCGACUGAUUUACUGGAUUUGACUUGCAUACCGCGGAGAGUAUGGUUUUUGCGGCCUGGAAAGGGUGAGCAAGGAGAGGGAAAGUGGAGAGUUGUGGGAAAGUCGCUAUUGCUUGGUGAGCCUGACUUGAUGACUGAGGCAAGGACGAAUGGGGGAAGGGAGGAUGCGGUGGUAAGGUUGAGGGAGAGUACGGUUGUUAUUGGUUGACAGUGAAGUAUGCAGUCACGUGGCUGGGUUGUUCCAACUUGGGUCAUCAUGUUGUUGAGGCUGCCGUAGCAGCAGUCGUUGUGGAGAACAUAUUGUCAUGUUAGUUUCAAACUAUCAAGAAUGAAC